UUUUAAUACAUUCAUCAAAUAAAUGACUGGCGAUCUUGCAAGGUCUUCCAUUGAUUAUUUAUAAGAAAGUUUUCUCAUAUCAAUCACUCUUGGGCAUCAAGCGACUAAUCAUCUGCUGAUUAUUGACAAAACGUUCUCAAAAUUUUCACCAUAACAACCCCAUUGACACAUUACGCUUUUAGUAAAAACUAGAGUUCCUAUAUUGUAUUUAUUUUUUAUAUUUAUAUUUUCCUAUAUUCUAAAAUAGGAACUCUAGUAAAAACUGGUCAAAAAUUAGAUUUAUCCACAAUGUCAGAUGAAGAACUUGAAGGAGAUAUUGGAACUCUCGAAAUUAAAGGAAUUAUUGGAUUUGAUGGAACUACAGUUAAGGGAUUUAUCGUUCAUCCUGAUGAAAAACACGUAGUGUAUCCUUUGGGAAACAAAGUCACCAUCCAGGACUGGACUACUAAAGCCCAAGUUUUUCUUAGUGGUCAUACUAACACUAUUUCUGCCAUUGAUGUUUCCAGAUCCGGAAAAUAUAUUGCCAGUGGCCAAAUUAACCACAUUGGGUUCAAGGCCCGCGUCAUAAUUUGGGACUUCGCGAGCCACACCAUCGUCUCACAGCACGAACUCCACAAAGUCCGGGUGGAAGCCGUGGCAUUCUCCAACAACGACAACUACCUAUUUUCGAUCGGCGGCCGCGAUUGCGGCUCUCUGGUGGUAUGGGACGUGACCCAGGGCCAGGUGAUUUGUGGUUCGGCGGUGGCGCACGGAAUCCAAGGAGAGGCCACGACGAUCCUUAGCAUGAACAGACGCGGGCCGUGUUUCAUGACAGCGGGAGACAAUCACCUGGCCGUCUGGACAGUGGACAAGGAGGCGAGGAAGGUUCACUCGCUCGACGUGAGCACUGGCAAAAUCAAAAGGACCAUCCUCUGCAUGGACGUCAACGAGCGUGACGAGGUGUGCUAUUGCGGCACCGCCACCGGAGACGUGCUCAAAAUCAGACUAAACUACCACCAUGAUCCCGAUGUCCUGAUCCCCGCCAAGCAUCCCAUGACGGUGGGGUGCUUCACGAGGAUAAGCAAGAAGAAGUUGCCGGAAGGGAAGGUGGAUUUGUAUAGUUUGGGGGUGAAGUCGAUCAGGAGGCUGUUUGCGGGGCCGUUGCUGAUCGGGGCCGGGGAUGGAACAUUGGAGCUGGUGGAGGAAAUUAAGAGUAAAGGGGGUGGGGAUAAGGGUAAGAGGGUGAAGGUGCCCUCUGUGCCGACUUUGCGUUGUCUGAAAAGCACCAAUGUUUUUUCAGCAGUCACUUCUUUGCAGCUUUUGAAAAAUGAUACAGUUAUACUGGCAGGAACUAUUAAUUGCGAGAUUUACCAAAUUGAUAUGGCGACUUUUAAUACAGAGUUGCUUGUUACUUGCCAUACCUCGACUAUCUAUGACAUUGCCUUUCCUUACAACUUUUCUGAAGUGUUUGCCACAGCUAGUAAAAACGACGUCCGCGUUUGGUCAAUCAAAACCCACCAAGAACUCCUCCGUAUCCAAGUACCAAAUUUCAGUGCUUCUAGUGUCGUAUUUUCCCACGAUGGUAAAUCGAUUUUGACAGCUUGGAACGAUGGAAUUAUCCGUUCUUUCACUCCUUUAACCGGAAGAUUGAUUUACGCCAUUUUGAAUGCCCACAAUAAGGGAGUUUCAGCUUUGGCAAUCACACAUGAAGGAGAUGUUUUAGUUAGUGGGGGUUGCGAAGGACAAGUCAGAAUGUGGUCAGUUACACCCUAUCGCCAGCAGUUAAUUUGUACUUUGAAAGAACAUAAAGCUCCGGUGUCUGCUGUUGAUAUUAACAAAGCUGGUACCGAAGCAGUCAGUGCCAGUACAGAUGGUACUUGUAUCAUCUGGGAUUUGAUACGUCAAUGUCGUCGGCAUAUUAUGUUUGGAACCACGUUGUUUAUGUGUGCCCGGUAUUAUCCUACUGAUGUGCAAGUCCUGACCGGUGGUUCCGACCGGAAACUUUCAUAUUGGGAAGUCCUUGAUGGUACCCUAGUUCGGGAAGUCGAAGGAUCCGAGUCUGGUGCCAUCAACGCACUAGAUAUAUCAUUAGAUGGCAACAUUUUUGUGACUGGAGGGAACGAUCAAAUCGUCAAGCUUUGGAAUUACCAACUUGGUAUUGCUACUCACAUUGGAAUAGGCCACUCUGCUGUCAUUACAGCAACUCGGUUUAGUCCAGAUCAAAAAUAUAUUGUGACGACAAGUGGUUCUGGAAGUAUCUUUAUAUGGAAGUCUCCACAAGAUUUGGUUCAAUCUUCUAAGGACAAAAUUGUUGAAGGAGCAGAACCACCUAAAGAACAAAAGGUUGAAACGAAAGAUGAAGUCAUACAAGAUCUACCAACAGCGAGAAGUGAUCAUAGUAGGGAAGGUGAAAAGAAGUGUGUUUGUCAAUGUCCUUGCACGAAAAAGCCAGUUUAUGAGCACACUGAUGGAAUGGGAGAUGGGGUAAAAAGUCCGGAACCUAAAGCAUGUACUAAAAAUGACUCAAGUGAAAAGAAAAAUGGCUCAGUUAACGCGAGUCCUAAGAGUAGCUCCAGCGGCAAGAAAAAUGGAUCAGUUACGGGGUCGGGGAGAAAGAAUUGAAAUAUUUGCAACCCUAUUAUUUAUUUUUUUGUACUUUAGUAUUAAAUUUUUUACAGAA